CCGAAUAUAUAUACCGGCUUCAUCCGCCCACCUCGUCCUCUUCUCGACGUCUCGACUUCCGGCUGGACUUGUUCGUCUUCGUUGCUUAACUACGUUGUCUAUUUGGACUUCUCGACUACUUCCUCGGACUGUUUGACGCAGUGUGCUCAAGAUAUUUAUUGACACGACGGAUCCGGGAUAUCCCUGUCAACCCUCGUCUUUCAUCUGUCUUCGACUCCUCAGACGCACAGCAACCAGUAUAUAUCGACCAACAGCCACAAUCACCAUGCCGGCUCCAUCCCUCUACUCCCUAGCCAAGGCCCGCGCCAUCGCCUCCAUCGACUCCAUCGAAGACGUCGGCGACCUCCCCUACGCCUUCGUCGCGCCCAUCCUCCGCCACCUGCAAUCGCCGGACCAACUCGUGACCCUCGAGCGCAACUGCCCGCAGCUGCAAGGCGAGACGGGCGAGCUCUGGCUCCGCUUCAUCAAGCGCGACAUCCCCGGCUGGGACAAGAAGCCGCACGAGCCGCACAACCCCAAGAACUGGCACAAGGUGUAUGCGAAGCUGAAGCGCGAGGCGGAGCGGGAGAAGGCGGCGCAGGAGGAGAAGCUCCGGCUGCAGAUGAAGAGGUUGACCGAGGAGAAGAAUAAGAGUACCUUGAUUAUCGAGCCGGGGAGUCGCUUGGCGAGGUUGGUUCCUAAGAGGAAGGCGGGAUGGGGAGGUUCGGGGGGUCAGCCGGGUCCGAGGUCGACGGGUCGUGAGGCGCUGGAUAAGUUCAAGAAGGGCCUGUUCAGGGAUAAGAAUGCCGGUAUGGCGCGGAACACGACGCCGCUGCGGGCACCUCAGCAGUUGGGCAAGGUGGACAAGGCUCCCGAGAGGCUGUUGCGCUUGAACGAGGCGGCGAAGAUGGACAAGGCGGCGUUGGAUCGGGCUGCGGGAAGAGGAGGAGGAGGAGGAGCGAGCGCCGCGACGACCACGGCCACGGCUACGACCACGAAGGGUGGAGCUCCGCCGCAGCGACCCCGACUCCCCGAGGGUCAGCGCUUCUCGGUGCCGAAGAUCAGGAUUAAGAAUGCUGCGAGCUCGGUACCGUCUACUACCUCCCCUCCUGCCGCUUCUGUUACCAAUGUCAAUGCUAAUCUCCCCACUCAGGCUGUGCAGAAGAGGAAGAGGGAGGAACCGAAUGUUUUCAUGCAGACUAAGAAGCGGAGGGUCUGACUAACAGAGUAGUGAUCACAAACUAUUAUCGCGCCGGCUUGGUAUACAAGUGAGAAAAGGAAAUUUGGGCUGUGGAUGUGGCACUGACGCACUGGUCAUGAUAGUAUAGCAGAUGGGGAGUUUAGCGUUGUCAGCAUGGGCGUUUAGGCUGGGCUGGAGUCAAGAUACCAUGGAGGGUCUCUUUUACAUUGUGAUGGGUUAUCUGUUUUGCACGGCUGGGAGUUUUGAGGCUAUUGUCCGUCAUGUCUGAGCAGGAUAUGUUUUUGUUAUGACCAUAGCU